GUUAACAUGGCUUCGAAAGGGCAGGCCGAGAAUUGGACCGAGGAGGCAAUUUGUUCCCUCUGCCUGGAUUUAUUCACCGAUCCGGUAUUACUGGAGUGUGGACACAACUUCUGUCGCUCUUGCAUCACACAGUGUUGGGAAAGGGAGGAGAGAAACUCCUGCCCUGAAUGUAGAGAGGUGGUUGCUGACCGCAUCUUCAGGACCAGUCGGGCCUUAGCAAAUCUGGCUGAAAAAGCUCGAAAUCUAAACCUGAAUCUGAAAGGGAAGGAAAGUAAACAUCACUGCGAGGAACAUGAGGAAGAACUGAAGCUGUUUUGUGAAACGGACAAGACAUCUAUCUGUCUGAUCUGUAGAGAUGCGCAGGAACACAGAAAGCACCGCUUCGUGCCGAUUAAAGAAGCGGUUAAAAUAUACAAGGAUCAGCUAAAGUCUUCCUUAGACUUUCUCAGAGAAAAGAAGUCAGACUUCCAGAAAAUUGAGCAGCAACAGAAAGUAAAGAUUUCCAGACUUCGGGAACAGUCACACAGCGUUCAGACCCACAUCACAUCCCAAUUUGCUGAACUGCGCCAGAUUAUCACUGAGAAAGAGCAGCGCUUACUCGGGGAUCUCAGGAAGGAAGAGGCAAGGAUUCUAAAUCCAAUGGAGAAAAAUCUUCUGGAGGUUCAAGAGAAUAUAAGGCUUAUUGAGAAGGAACUCACUAAGAUAAAGGAACAGAUGGAUCAAAAAGACAGUGUGAUAUUUCUCAAGGAGGAAGCUCGACGGAACAAGAGGAUUAACGAUGUUGUCCGGGAAUUGUCAGUGACAGAUGAAGACCUACUGGUUGAAAAAUUUGAUCAUCCCUAUUUGUUGAACGCAGUGCUGAGAGAAACACUUGAUUCCAUUAAUGGAGUCUCUGUCACGCUGGAUGAGGAAACGGCGAAUCCAGAGCUCGAGGUGUCUGAGGAUCGGAAGAGUGUGAAAUUGAGCGGGAUCAGAAGGAUUCGCCCUGCCACCAGGAAGAGAUUCACAAACCGGCCUUGUGUGCUGGGAUCAGAGGGAUUCACAUCGGGGAGACAUUACUGGGAGGUGGAGGUGGCGAGGAAUCGGAUUUGGUAUCUGGGAGUCGCCACAGAGUCUGUGGAGAGGAAGGGAUGGUUCAGAGUGAGUCCGGAGACCGGAUUCUGGGUCAUCGGGCGGGUUUAUGACGUCACCGAGCAGGAUGAUGAUGAUGUGAUCAUUGUUCUCACCUAUCCUGAGUCCCGUCUCCCUGCUGGUCUCAUCCCUGGGAGGGUGGGAGUUUAUCUCAGUUACAAGUCCGGGACAGUUUCAUUUUACAACGCGGAGACCAAGUCCCAUCUCCACACCUUCACUGGGAAUAAAUUCACGGAGAAACUUUAUCCUUUCUUCUGGCUUGCAGAUCGAAACCAGUGGCUGAGAAUCUGUUGCGAUUCCGCUCUGGGUCUGUAAACGGGUCGGGUUCCGGAACCGGCGUCAGGAGUAAAGUCCCUGUAAAUGUAAUUGUGCGGAGAGUGAAAUAAACAUGAGUUGGGAAUUAUCGA